ACGAAAAACUUCUGUACAAAAAUGAGCGGGAAUGCUUUUUCUUUGCUUCCCGCCAAAUUUAAUCAAAACAAUGUAUCUCAAUCUUAUUCCAUUGUUAGUCAAUCUCUCCAAAGUUUGAAACAUCUGGUAAAAAUGAAUAGUUCAUUUCCCUAUGGCCUUCUUUUGAUUCUAUAUUCAAUGAAUGAUUGAUAAAGAUUUUAUUUUUUAAGAUUUUUGAUUAUGUAUUAUCCAAAUUCAGCUUUAUGAAGUUUGGGUUUUGAUUUAAGCUUCUUUUUCUUUGUCUGUUGCUCUAUGAUUCUUGGUUAAUCAAUUUUUCUUUGUUUUGAUUGAUGUGUGAAAUUAUUAUACCUGAGGUUGUUAUUUGGGUAAGACAGAAAAAUUAGCUUAAAUGCAAUCCAAAAUCAGUGCCUUUUUCAAAACUUCUUCUUCUUCUUCUUCUGUAAUUCUAUCUUCAAACCCACCUCCGGUUUCUGAAGAAGAUGGCGAAUUAGACAUCUGGGAGAAGAAAGAACACCAAAUUUUCAAUACAUACAGUCGAAGAGCUCGUAACCCAAGCAGUGGGGAAAAGGAGAAAGCCAAAGAUGACCAGUGGCUGGAAAAAACUGUUUCCAGUAGUUUGUCUUCGAAGUCUGAAUCAAUUAUAUCAAAGAAAACAAUGGUGAAAAAUAAGAAGAGAAGUUAUGCCCAAUACCAUUUAGAUUUGGGUCAGUCUGAUUUCAACUUUCAUAAUUGUUCCACAUGUGGGUUUAAGUAUUCUCCUGGAGAUGAGAGUGAUGAGAAGACCCAUAAGGAAUUUCAUAAGAACUAUACCCAUGGAAUUCAAUUUAAGGGUUGGUCUGUUGAAAGGCUUAUUCACAUGCCUACUAUGGAAGGUGGUCGGAUUGUUAUGGUUUUGGACUGUGAUUCUAAUGCCCAAAAAAACAAGGUUAAGGAAGUUGUAAAUUUGAUGGAGAUUGAGCUUGGAAGUGGAUUUAUUUUCCAUAAAUUUUGUAAGGUUUUACUAUUCAUUCUAUCCAAUAGGGUAGCUGGAUGCCUAAUUGCAGAACCAAUAGAGAAGGCAUUCAAAGUCAUCUCAAAUUCAACAGAUAGAUGCAAUGAUGCUAUUAACACAAAAGAAGAAAGAGCCAAACCAACUAUCCUUAAAUUUGGUGAUAUUAGUUUUCAGAGGGAGACAGUGAAAAGAUCUCACUCUGCUAGUAAUACUAACCAGUUGGAUGAAGACGUCGGCGGAGCAGUUAUUUGCGAGGAGGUACCGGUGCCUGCUGUCUGUGGCAUUAGAGCAAUUUGGGUGUCUCCUGUCAACAGAAGAAAACGAAUAGCCACUCAUUUGCUCGAGGCAGUGAGGAAAAGCUUUUGCACUGGAUUUGUUCUUGAACGGUCUCAGCUAGCAUUUUCUCCACUCACUUGUAGUGGAAAGGCAUUGGCAGUAAGCUACAUUGGCAAACGAUCCUUCUUGGUUUACAAAUCCAAUAUUUUAAACUCAGUUGAGUCAAUUUAAGGUGGAUGCCAAUGUUUCCUUUUUGGGUUAGUUAUUCAAUUGGAAAACUUCUACAAAUUGUGUAAUCAUUUCCAGAAAUAUCAAGUCUAAUCACAACUGAAAUAUUGUGCUUCUGUUACCAA